AUGGUGCAGGUCCGGGUUGUUAAAACUUGCCGAUUAAGAAGCGUUAUAAAGAAGGUGGCUCCUAACUUGCCGAAGGGCAGGGCACGGCGUGGGCCAGCGCGUGUCAAACGUGCCGAGUCCUUCCAGCUGAAGCCUUUGGCCCAGGCGAGGCUGACGCCGCUCUCCGAGGGUGGGACGUCACCCGUCGUCAUCUCCCAGAACUCGGGUCAACUUGUGGUUGGUCUGGAGGCCGCUGCCUGCCGUCUCAAGUGCCCGCUCAGGACGAUCAUGGAGCAGUUCAACCCCAGCCUCAGGAAUUUCAUUUCUAUGGGGAAGACCUAUGAAAAAGCCUUAGCAAGUAUGACAUAUGCAGCAAAAGGAUACUUUGACGCUCUGGUUAAGAUGGGAGAGUUGGCCAGUGAAAGCCAAGGAUCUAAAGAAUUGGGAGACGUGCUCUUCCAGAUGGCAGAGGUCCACAGGCAGAUCCAGAACCAGCUGGAGGAGAUGCUCAAGUCCUUCCACAAUGAGCUCCUGACGCAGCUGGAGCAGAAGGUGGAGCUGGACUCCCGGUACCUGAGUGCUGCGCUGAAAAAAUACCAGACCGAGCAAAGGAGCAAGGGGGACUCGCUCGACAAGUGCCAGGCAGAGCUGAAGAAACUUCGGAAGAAGAGCCAAGGCAGCAAAAACCCCCAGAAGUACUCGGACAAGGAGCUGCAGGCUGGUGCUGAUGCCUCUGCUCUGUGUGCCCCCCGCCCCCCCAGCCUGCAGCAAGGGAAGAGCAGCAGCACCGGGAACUUGCUGGACAAGGACGACAUCGCCAUCCCGCCACCCGACUACGGCAUGGCCUCCCAGGCCUUCCCGCCGCAAGGCGUCAACACCUUCAAGCAGAGGCCGUACAGCGUGGCCGUGCCCGCCUUCUCCCAGGACUACCUAGUGCCCUAUGGUUGUGCAAUUAAAGACUAUUCCAGUGGCCUCUGCCAACCACCCUCCGCUCACUACAAGCCUUACGCUAGGUCGACAGCUGGUCUCGACGACUACGGGACGAGGUCCGUCAGCAGCGGCAGCGGGAGUUUGGUAUCAACGGUGUGAGGACACCUUGGCUAGCGGCGGCCCCUUGCUGCUUGGAAGAGCUUUCUGCUUCUUUCCCCCCACCCUCCUUUUUUUUUUUUUUUUUUUUUUUUUUUUUUUUUCUUUCCCCCUCGUUUCUCUUUCUCUACUUUUGGAUUUUAAACUCUUGUGAUCUUCAAGGAAACCAUGGUGCUUCUCCACCCCUCCCUGGUGUUCACAGUGCCCUUGUUUCUGAAGUCUUUUCAGAGCAGAAACUGCCGAUCGGUCUGUGCUCGCUUUGAAGCAGCCUGGAUGCAGUUUACACUUUAGUGGGACCCAGUUUUUGUACUCCUGUGUGAAUGUUAGCGAUGCACUAUCCCUCCUCGGGGGCUGCACGCCAGCCGCCUCGCACGAGCCUGGACAAAACCUCCCAGACCGGAACAAAUAUGCAUGGCCUCUGGUGUCCGUACUGUUACCGAGCAUCCGGGCUGCCCGCGCCCGCGAUGCCGCUGCCGCGGGGGGCAGCAGCCCCGUGCCUCCCCCUCGCCCCGAUCCGCUUCCACCCAACCGCCGCCGCCGUGGCGUUGGCAGAAGUGGAUGGUGCAGAGCCCCCCGCCUCGGGGAAAGGGCUGCUUCUGGGCUGGGGUCCCGCCAGCUGGGGGGCGCAGCUGGCAGCCCCCCCCUGGAAGGGUUACUCCUGGUUGUUUUAUAAAUAUAUAUAUAUUUUUUUGUAGCAAGGUAUUGUUACCUCACGUUAGCGCUGGUGGCUGGCGCGGAGCCAUCCGAGGAUGCGCUCGCGUCCUUAAACCGGGCUUGAGCGAGGCAGCGCCCGGGGGUCGUCCCCCCCUCGGCGCUCGGGGUCCCGCUCCUGCGGCCGAGCCCGGCCGUAGCCCUUCCCGUGGCCGUCUCCACCGCAAAGCUGUACACGCUUCCUUUUUCUGAUGUGAUUUUUAAAACCUCUUACAUUGCCUGUUUACUAGGACAUUGCUGGCAAUACAGACACCCACGGACAAGUUUUUUUGAUUUAUAUACUCGCCUUCGGGCGUAACGAGACCCUCCUGCAUCGGUGUCCUAAUUUUGCUAAAGAUUUUUAACCCAGGAUAUUUCAUGCUGAAUGACUGAAUGUAGAGGGGGAAAAAAAAAAAACAAACCACAAACAAAACCAAC